AUGUUACCGUCCUCUAACAGGGUCAAACUUAACCGAGCCGCGUUAAGGGACAUUGUUGGGCUAAAGUUGGGGCCGCGGAGACGGAAGCCGCAGUCGGUGAAAAAAAACUCGGCCUCCGUCUCCAGCGGCCAUGAACCCGACCAUGACCCCGUCCAUAGGUCCAAAACAGACCAAGUGGGCCCGGGAAACGGGACCGAAACCACCGGUAACCCCGCUGACAGGGAGCCGGAGACUGGGAGCGAUAGGACCGUGAGACCCGCUGAAGGUCAGCCGGAGACGGGGACAGGUACGGAGAGGACGAAGCGGAGAAGUGGAGGCUGUAGUGUGGAGAUGAAACAGCAGGGGCCGAUCACUAGAGGCAAGUAUCACCAGAACAAACCAAACACCAGGAGCAAGUCCAGCUGGGACCGGCUCAGAAAGCUCCGCAGCCUCAGACUCAGGUUCACAUGUUGCCUCAGCGCUGCAGACGGCGCGCUGCUUAAAGGGACGGAAGUCCGGUGGAGGGUCGAACCCGUUAAACCCCGGGGCAACAUGUCUUAUCACGUGACGUUAGGUACCGUUAGCGGGGCUGCAAAGAGCCAGACGCAGGUCGGUGCAGGGUCUAGUGUGGGCAGAUCUAGGAGGUGUAGCGUUAGUGUUCACGCUGGUGUGUCCGGCGGCAGCGUGGACAGGAGCAGCGAGGGAAAGAGCACAGUGAAGGCCACUGAUCCUCAGCCUGCUGCUGCACAGACACCACAACCGGGAACACGGUCGAUACUCUCCGGUGAAUGUACGAAAAAUGUGGAUUGCAGGACUGGCGUGCGGGAUGGAGACAUUGAGGAGGAUCCCGGGCCAGGAUCUCACCCAGUAGGAGCGGAGAUUCACAGAGACAAAAGAUUGAAGCUUGUUUAUAGUGUAAAAGCUGGGAUUUUGCCAUCCGCUCCAGAUUUAGAAAGCAAUAGUCACAAAGACCCAGCAAAAACUGAUGCUAGAGACAAUGAGCUAACGUAUCUUCGGACGACUGAUGGCACGCACUCAUGUUCACAGCAAGCGGCUGAGGGCAGCAGCUCUUCUGGCUCAGCUGUGACAGAAAACUGUGUCCACAAGGAGCCGUGCGGUGAGAUAGACGAUCCCACAAAAAUGGAUGCAGCACAAACAUCAUCUGAACUGUCCUGCCAGGGUAGCGACGAGGACGUGGAUGAACCGGAGUCAUUCACCUGUCAGAGAGUGAGGGCCUAUUUUAGAAAAGAUUUUUGUUCUUGUGCACGCACAUACAUGUCCUGGCCCUGGUCUAACACAGGCUGGAAACGAACAGCAGAGCCCAUUGAUCCAUCAGCUGGAGAUAACAGCCACUCUUCAUUAAAUCAAAAUCAGCCAUGUUCAUCCAGCAGCCGAGCCAGUGACACGCCCUCAGCUGCACCUACAGACGCCUCCUCAGGCACAGCCCACCAGGUUUCUCAUCACAUCGAAGAGAAGCAAGAAGAGGGUGGAGAAAACAUUUUAGCAGAGAGAAAUGCAAAAAGAUGUUGUGACAUGUCGUCAUACUCUGUGGAGUUUGCACCUCCCUUAAUGGAGGCUGCAGAAUCAUUAGCCAGUCGUCCCUCAGAUGCAGCUACCCUGUCCAGCCCAUGUCAGCAUGGAGGAGAGGCUGGCACCGACACACUCUUGGCCUCAUCUUCACCAGCGAAUGGUCCUGAAACCGACAGCUCUACAUCCACCCCUCCCCCCUCAGUACUUGGCCUGGCUGAGUGGGACACUGCCACUACUUUGUCUUUAGUGUCGUCUCCAUUCACACAUGGUAGCUUGAGCUGCCUCUCAGCCACACCGUCCUCUCUCCUACCUUCAUCGGCCAGUGCGUUACCAUCAUCCUCCUCACCCAGAUGUGUGGUCAAAGAUAUUGGACAAACAUUGCUCCACUGUGACGAAACCCAAAUGACUUGGUCUCCAUUUUCUGCUUCUCCACACAACUCGGACUCCUUUGAUUCAUGCAACUCCUCCCUUCUCCUCCCCCAAGUUGUACACGAGAAUGAUGAAGGACGACUCUCAGAAAUAGACCCAAGUGAGUUCAGGGUGCCACCGCUGCUCUCUCCUGUCGCCUCACCACAAAGGUGCUCAUGGACACACCGCCUGCCCUCAGACAGUUCAGAUGAAGAGGAGGGGGAGGAAGACAACGACUACACCAAACACAAAACAUUACCUGGAUGUGACACGCCACCGAUUGUUAAUGCUGAUAAUGUAAACUCCAACGAUUAUCUUGAGCUUAGUAGUGAAGAAUUAGAAAAAGACUCGACAAGUUUUAAAACUACUUUAGGAAAAACUCAGUCUUCUUCAAGCACCGAUGAAGAUGAUGGUAAGGAAAAGGAAAGCCAGGAUGAAACUGACUAUGAAGAUGAUGUGGAAGUUCCGUGUGACCCUAAAAUAAAGGCAACUCUAACGUCGGGUGCUCUGAAAGAACCCUCCUCUUCUCCUGACAGUGAUGAAGAUGAUGGUAGAGCCUUCAGUGAUGAGGGACAGCCACGUUCUACUGGAGCAGAGGGGUCGAGUCCAUCUGAAACACAAGGCAGUAAAACGGACUGGUCUGAUGCAGAUUCAGCUGGUGAUAUUUUGGAUGAGUUCUCAGCUUACAAACAGGAUAUCCUCCUUGUCGAUGUGAUCCAGGAUGACCCAAAGCUGUUUGAAAACAUACCCCAGCAAAGUCUGCUGAAACUGGGUCCCACCAGGGCGACAGAGAAAACCAGACCUAUCGCAGAGGUGAAAACACUGCUGCCAAGGAAAGACGGAGCGUCACCGGAAUUUAAACAGAGCCUGUCCACAGUUAAGAUUAAUUUUCUCUGUGACUGUCCUGAUAUCACAGAGAAGAGCAACAGCAGGCCGUGGAGACCUCAGUGUAGCAUCAGCCCUCCCAAAACAGAAAGGAACACGUGGGCUGCCACAGAGACACAAACCAAAUACAUGGGCCAGUCUGACGUCAACAACAAUCCUGUAGACAAAGUCCUGGAGAGCUGCAGCCAGCCCAUCCCGACUGUGAACUCCCUGCACAGCCACACCCCUCCACUGAAGAGCACAAGACAUGGGUCGUGGAUCACAAACCCAGCAAAUACGACAGUUUUGAGGCACCAGAAAUCUAACGAUUACUGCCGGCAGUACUUCAGUGAGUCCAUGUCCUGUGGGUUCAAGAUGUGUCGCUUCCAGCACGUGCCUUUGGACGGGGACGAGAAGCUGUGUGUUGAAACUGUGACACGCUUCACCAAAAACCCAGUGUGCCUUCAGAAAGCAGGAGCCAUGUUUACAGGCUACUACCAGAACAACCCACCAGGAGCGUAUUUCUCCAUGCCGGUGUAUCUGUCACUCCUCGGAGCUCUGCUCAAAGCCGGCAUGGUGUCUGAUGUCUUCUCAGUCCUCAGCGUCAGCUUGGCCCACAAGGUUUUGCCUGGCCAUGAGUUCCUGUUGGCCCUCUUUAAUACAGUGAGAGAAAAGGGUCUCAUGGGAUUUGUACCUGAACUCAUGCAGCUCACAUUCAAGAUGGCCAGUGCAGGUCUGGCGCUGAGCUCGGACUGCCUCGAAUAUGUGAAAAACACUCCUGAGUUCCAGCGGACACUUCAUUCAAACUCAGUGGCUUCAGUGUCUCCUAACCACAAGUUAUCCAGCAGUGAGCCCUUUGCAGAGUACCUGAAUUUUGCCCACUCAAUCGUGGAAAUAGAGCUGUGUACCAAGCAGGAGGACUGGAGGCGGAUGGGUCAGGUCUUCAGGUCCAUCUGCAAAUCCAACAAACAUCCCAACCAAGUGGGGCGAAUCAGUGGUCGCAUUGCUAUAGCUCUCCUGUCUGAGAGCAAGGACAAGCUGUCACUGCCCUUUGCUGCCUUCGCUGAGUCAGUUUGUCAGAGUGAAGGUGAGGACAGCCAGAUGAGUUUUUUAGGCAGAAUCGGAGUCUCUCUGAUGCUGAGAUACCACAAAACACAUCAAUGGGCCAAGGGUCACAGGGUGGUUCAGGUGCUGUCUUGUUCCAGAGUCAACUACUCAACACUGAAGGGUUUGUUUGGGAAUGAGGACAAAGCGUCCCGCUGCUACCUGAUCACCGUGGCGGCUGAGCUCUUCCUCCUGAGUGGCACCGUGGACGGAGCUCUGAACACACUCCGAGGUAACAGCUCUGACCCAAAUAGGUAACCAUGAUUGGCUUAAUGCAUCAGAAUGUACCUGUGUGUUAUCUCAGUGUCUCAUGCACCCAGUGUUUAUCACAUAGACUCAGUCUCACAGCGCAGUAAAGCUGUAUUCUGAUAGAGACAAAAUAAUAACCUCAUUCACCAGGGUUUGGGCGCUGACUGACUACACGAUGGUCCACGGCCAAUCAUCACUGGUCGUCUUUCACGACGUGUCUGAUGUCAUCCGAUUAUUUUUGUCCUAUUUUUAUUAUUACUACUACUAUUUCAGUCUCUGUGUCUGUUCAUGUCUCAGCCGAAAUGUUGUUGU